AUGAAAAUACAAGAGCGAGACAAGAUUGUUGCCCUUCUACUGGCAGGCUGCGACAAAUCGAACUACCAGAAGAUCCUUGCUCUAUUCCCUUCGACGAGAGUUCUCGAUGUUUUUCUCAACGACUUCCUCCUCGCCAUGGAGCACAGUAUCGGGAGCUGGAUUCACAUCCCAUCGUUCAAGCCAUCGGAGACGAUACCGGAGUCACUUACCCUGAUGAUCGCCGCGGGAGCCAUUCUCGGCAGGUCAAGCCACGCGCAACGCUUUGGCUAUGCUCUACAGGACAAAGCACGUGGCGCGAAUUACGAGUUGUUGGAAUCCGACGCCAGCAAUACACGCAGACUUGCCGCUUUGCAGACCUGCGCAAUCUCGCUCGGCAUUGGUACAUGGUCCGGGAACAAGCGCACCAUGGAGCUGGCUGAAAGUGCUGCCAUGCCACUCAUCACCAUGCUUCGCAGAGCUGGAAGAUUCCGACGAUCCCGAAUACCUGCGGAAAUCCCUCUGCCAACAGAUACGUCGGAGCAAUUGGAUCGGAAAUGGAGAAGCUGGAUUGAAGCAGAAUCAUUCAAACGUCUGGCGUACCACAUCUUUCUCCACAGUGUUCAGGUCUCGGUGGCCUUUCAGACGCCACCUCUGCUGUCAUACUCGGAAAUCACCUUGGAUCUUCCUGCGCCGGCGUCACUAUGGCGGGCCCGCUCUGCCCAGGAAUGGCGCGACCAGUACUAUCGACAUCGACUGGCAGGAGCACAGUUACCGACGUUUGUCUCGAGUAUGUGUGACGCUCAGAUCAUGGGCGCAGUGAGAAAUCAAAUUGAUCUCGACCUCACCCUCUACCUGGUCCUCAUGUCGCAUUGGUGUUUGGCCUGGGAGUAUACUCAGCUCAGCUCCGCCAACAACGCACAAGCUUCGGCCCAUCUGGAGUGGGCAGGCACUACUUUAGCGGCUUCAAAGUGUCAGGAGAUUACCAAGCUCAUGGAUUCAUUCCACGCCGCCAUUGUAGAGUGGCGCGUCUUCGUGCCCAAGGAAGUCCACAUGAUCUCACAACUACUACGCAUGAACUUAUGUGUGGCAUUCGAGGAUUUGCAGCUGCUCGCUGGCAAGGAAGGAGUCGAAGAGGCCCGAAGAGUGUUUCCGGCACUCAAGCUGUGGUUCCGUUCGUCGGAAUGCCGUCGGGCCAUGUAUCAUGCAGGACAGGUGCUGAGAGUCGCACGAAGGCCGGCUGGUCUCAGCCCAAAUGCAUCAAGCAUUGCGACACCAGAUACCCCGUGGCUGCGGGACUUCAAUGCUGUCGCGCUGUAUCACGCCGGCCUCGCAUUCUGGGUCUAUGGACUUCUUGCCAAGUCUGUU